AUGCCUCUCUCCGUCAAAAGAAUUCAAGAAAUAGGUUUUUUAAUGGUUGAAUCAACUUUUCAUAAGGAUUCAAGUUGCAGAACGCCGAUCCAGAUAUACGCCGAGGAUAUGGCACCAAAACAGCCUAACACAGGCCUCUUUGUUGGAUUGAACAAGGGUCAUGUUGUCACUAAGAAGGAGUUAGCUCCUCGCCCAUCUGAUAGAAAAGGCAAAACAAGCAAAAGGUCGCAUUUUGUGAGGAAUUUAAUCCGUGAGGUAGCUGGAUUUGCACCAUAUGAGAAAAGGAUCACUGAGUUGUUGAAAGUUGGAAAGGACAAACGUGCCCUUAAGGUGGCCAAGAGAAAGUUGGGUACCCACAAGAGAGCAAAGAAGAAGAGAGAGGAGAUGUCAAGUGUUCUUCGCAAGAUGAGGUCUGGUGGAGGUGCAGAGAAGAAGAAGUGAGGACUUUUUCAGGAUUUAGUUUUCCUUGCAUAAUUUUGUUACUUUUAGUAGUCAAGUAAAAAACAUCUGUCUUCUCUAUUAUAUGAUUUGGAUUUUGUGUACCUUUCUUUUAUAAAGAUCGUUCUUCUUUAUGAUAUGAUUUUGCUCGACUCUAUGUAGUAGUUCAAAUCAUAAGUCAUCUAAUUAAUCUUCUUUUUGUGUUUUUAUACUUUUGUUUGACUUGAAGUUAAGCAAUAUAUUAUAAAUCAGAAAACCAU